AUGGAUACCAAAAAUGUCACAGCUAUUGCCAUGUUCAUUCUACAAGGUUUCGCUAUUGGGUACAAGCAGCAAAUUUUCCUCUUUGUAAUGUUUCUUUUCAUCUACCUUCUCUCUAUCACUUUCAAUACUUUAAUCAUCUUCAUGGUGAGGACUGAACGUCGCCUACACAAGCCCAUGUAUUUCUUUCUAAGCAAUUUCUCUUUCCUGGAAAUCAUGUAUAUUUCUGACACUGUCCCUAAAAUGAUGUCUGAUUUCCUUAGUCAAAAAAAGACCAUCUCUGUUGCGUGUUGUAUAACACAGCUUUAUUUCUUAUUUUUAUUUGGAUCCAUUGAGAACCUUCUUCUGGUAAUAAUGUCUUUUGACCGAUAUGUUGCCAUCUGCUACCCCUUACAAUAUGUAAUAAUCAUGAGCGAGAGAUUCUGUAGACUGUUAGCAGCUGCCGCAUGGAUGUUCAGUGUGGUUAUUUUGAUGAUAAUUAUCAUUCCUGUAACACAGUUAUCAUUUUGUGACUCAAAUAUAAUUGACCAUGUUUUCUGUGACUUUGCACCUGUAGUUAAAAUUUCAUGCCAAGGUGCCACAUUGUGUGAAAUAGUUUUCUUCCUAAUUGCUGGACUGGUGAUCCUAGGGUGUUUCACCCUCAUCAUGGCAUCCUACAUCCAUAUUAUUAUAAUUGUAUAUGCCACCUCUUCAGGAUCUGGGUUGCGCAAUGCUUUUGCCACCUGCGCGUCACACUUCAUUGUAGUCUUUAUCUAUUAUGGGACAGUUAUUUUCAUGUAUGUCAGACCUUCAGUAAUGGUCUCUUUUCAUGAAGAUAAGGUAAUUUCUGUGUUCUAUUCUGCUGUGACUCCUCUUCUUAACCCAGUAAUCUAUAGCUUGAGAAAUAAAGAUGUGAAGGAAUCAAUAAUAAAACUUUUUAGAAUAUAA